CCUGACUCCACUGCAGCAUUCUAACACACAGCUUAUAACACCAGUCAACAUUUUGAAAGUCGAAGCUCCGAGAGACCGCGGUUCAUAACUCAACCCCGCCAUAAACAAUAUACUUUUUCCAACUCAGCGGAAGAGGAGGCUUGGGUGAUUGGUCACCAUGGCACCCUUCCUGCGUAUCACCUUCAAUACUUAUGAUGUGGGCGCUCUGCCUCCUCAGUCUGACCCUCCCAUAUGUGCCAUCAAGAUGAAGGAGUCUGUCAACACAGAGCGAGGAAAGACCCUGGUCCAGAGGAAGCCCACCAUGUAUCCAGCUUGGAAGUCCAGUUUUGAUGCUCACAUCUAUGAGGGGCGUGUCCUAGAAGUGGUCCUCAUGCAAAGUAAUGAGGAGCCAUUGGCCAAGGCUACGGUUGGCGUGUCUGUACUGGCAGAACGCUGUAAGAAAUCCAAGACCACUGGCCGUGUCGAGUUCUGGAUGGACCUGCAACCUUCUGGGAGGGUCCAGAUGGUUGUGCAGUUCUUCCUGGAGGACAAUGAUGCAGCGGCGUCACAGCCAUCAGUGAAGGUUCCUCCUGAAGAUGGAUUCACAACUCUCACCAGGAGGAGAGGAGCUUUCAAGCAGCCCAAAGUUCACGUUAUCAAGAACCACGAGUUCUGCGCCACCUUCUUUGGCCAGCCCACCUUCUGCUCCGUCUGCAGAGAGUUCCUCUGGGGGCUCAACAAACAAGGUUACAAGUGCAGACAAUGCAAUGCGGCAAUCCACAAGAAAUGCAUCGAAAUAAUCAUUGGAAGGUGCACUGGAACAGCAGCCAACAGUCGAGACACUGUGUUCCAGAAAGAGCGCUUCAAGAUUGAUAUGCCGCAUCGCUUCAAGGUCUAUAACUACAAGAGCCCCACCUUCUGUGAUCACUGUGGUAGUCUGCUGUGGGGUCUCUACAAACAGGGCCUUAAAUGUGAAGAUUGCGGCAUGAACACACAUAGUUAUUGUCAGAAGAAAGUGGCCAAUAUGUGCGGAAUCAACCAGAAACUACUGGCAGAGGCUCUAUCUCAAGUCAGCCAGAAAUCUGUGAAGAAGUCUGAUCCAAACACACCUGAUAUUGGGAUCUACCAAGACGUCCAAAGACCAACAGCAGACUCUACUGCAGAUAGCAAUGGCAAGCCUCGUGAAGGUGAAGGUUUGAGCCCAACCCCAGCUCCACGUACAGUUCUCAAAGUACGCCUCACCAUGAGCCACCUGGUGUUCCUCAAAGUGCUGGGCAAAGGAAGCUUUGGCAAGGUGCUGUUGGCAGAACUAAAAGGGCAGGGUCAGUACUUUGCUGUGAAGGUACUGAAGAAGGAUGUCGUUCUCAUGGAUGAUGACGUGGAGUGUACCAUGGUCGAGAAGAGAGUCCUGUCCCUUGCCUGGGAGAACCCCUUCCUCACACACCUCUACUCCACCUUCCAGUCUAAAGAGCAUCUCUUCUUUGUAAUGGAGUACCUGAAUGGAGGUGACUUGAUGUUCCACAUCCAAGACAAAGGCCGCUUUGAUCUCAACAGAGCCACAUUCUAUGCUGCUGAGAUAGUUGUGGGACUGCAGUUCCUCCACUCAAAAGGAAUUAUCUACAGAGAUCUAAAGCUUGACAAUGUCAUGCUGGACAAGGAUGGACACAUAAAGAUUGCAGACUUUGGCAUGUGUAAAGAGAACGUGUUUGGAGAGGUCAGGGCCACCACGUUUUGUGGGACACCGGACUACAUCGCACCAGAGAUCUUGUUGGGGCAAAAGUACACCUUCUCAGUGGACUGGUGGUCUUUCGGUGUGCUGGUGUACGAGAUGCUGAUUGGUCAGUCACCUUUCCAAGGCGAUGAUGAGGACGAGCUCUUUGAGUCCAUCAGAUCUGACACCCCCCACUACCCUCGGUGGCUAACCAAGGAGGCCAAGAACAUGAUUGAACUGUUGUUUGAGCGAGAGCCCGGUCGCAGGUUGGGUAUUGUGGGAGACAUCCGUGCACAUCCAUUCUUCAAAACUAUUAACUGGCAAGCUCUGGAGAGGAGAGAAGUGGUCCCCCCUUUCAAGCCAAAAGUGAAAUCCCCCAGUGACUGCAGCAACUUUGACCGAGAGUUCCUGAGCGAGAAACCGCGCCUCUCCCACGCCGACAAGAACCUCAUCGACUCCAUGGACCAGGCAGCGUUCGCUGGCUUUUCCUUCAUCAACCCCAGACUGGAAAACAUGAUAACCAAAUGAAAAGACACAAUGGCUGCCCUGGGAACACGGUCAUAGCCCUGCACUAUGAAAUCAACUAUUAUCCUAUUCCCUUUAUCGUCAUAUGGUCUAAGUUCAACUGGAUGGAUAACAACAACAUAAAAAGCUUUGGGCUUUACAAUGACUUCUUGAAUUUGUUUUAUCAGAGGAUAAGAUAAAAUGAUACCAGGAUGUUUCCUAGGCACCUAAAUGAAUGAUCCUGUCUCAGCUGUCAAACUGUGUAGGUGUAAAAAGGAGUAAUACACUCCAGGAAAUUAAGGGAGAUACUUAAGAUACCAGCGUUACCAUAGUCAAUGCUGAAGGGGGAUAGUCAAUAAUGCAUUGUCUUUUUUUUAUUUUAAAUUUUAAGUAAUUUUUCUUUGUGAUCACACCUUGAGUCUAUACAAGUCAUCAAAUGUACUGUAUCCUCUAAUUUAAACUCACAGGCAUAAGCAUGUUUCCCUCAUUUAGUUACACACAUAUAUACUGUAUAUACAUGCAUUGCACAAGCAACUCACUGGUACCUAUGCACUCUCACCCUGUGUGCUUUGCCUACUGUAUACCUUCCAUUACAUUCAAUUAUGUGUUUUACCACAUAUAAGUGUGGGGGUGUGUGCUGCUGUACUCAUUGUACAACAUUGUCUGUCGAUGAAUGAAUCCAUAGUUGAUCCCUCUGGCAGUCAUAUAUAUGCACCACAGAAAGAAUACAAAGGGAGGGAGAAUUUAAAUCCCUCUGAAUUAAAGAAAGGUUAUUGUGCAGUUGAAUAGUCCCCCAAACUCCCCCCACUCACUGCACUGUCUUGGGAAACUGGAGAUGCUCUAAGUAAGCCCCAGUGUCUAAAUACACAAUUGCCCCCUUUUUUUAAUGUAUACCGAUUUCUACGUGUCAGUCAUCUUGGCUAUUGUGUGCCACUGGUUUCAAACCUCAAGCUGUACAUCAAACUUUAGCACAUGGCAACCAGCUUUUGAUAAUAUUAAGGUUCUCACUUCAGCUAUUUUGGAUUCAUUAUCAGACGUACUGGAAGAAGUUGCAGCAAUGUACGGUACCAUACCUGUACAUCUGUAUGUGUUGAAGGAUGUGUUAUUGUGUAUGGGAGGGAUGGGCAUUUUACUGUAACCGUUGGGACUUAAAUAUGUUAAAUUACUUGAAUGUAGGACUUUCAACAUGAAGAUAAUAGUGCUGUUUAUAGAAAAUAAUAUGUAUGUUACCAUGAAUUGUCCGUGAAUUAUGGGUGAACUGUUUUUUACUCUCCUAAUCUUUUACAUCUGAUCAUAAAUAAA